GCUUGCAGAAUAUGACCACGUGAUCACAGUAUUCGUAACCCGGAACAAGUAGCUAUUUCUAGUCAUUCAUUCGCUACUGCUGCUUAUGGUCCUCGCCAUACUGACAGAUUCUUUGUGGAACAGAGACUUGGACUCCCCCCCUCCCCCCCAGAAUGGCAGCCGACCCAAUGGAGAUUGAUGACUCACUGUACAGCCGGCAGCGGUAUGUGCUGGGCGACAGCGCCAUGCAGCAGAUGGCACAGUCCUGCGUGUUCCUCAGCGGCCUGGGAGGACUGGGAGUGGAGAUCGCAAAGAACAUAGUCCUAGCGGGUGUGAAGGCAGUGACGCUCCACGACACAAAGCAGUGCGAGGCCUGGGACCUGGGCACAAACUUCUUCAUUCACGAGGAGGACGUCCUGAAGCAGAGGAAAAGGGUGGCAGCAGUGCACUCACGUGUGGCAGAACUGAACCCCUAUGUCCAGGUCCACCAGUCCAGCUCCUCCCUGGACCAGAACACCGACCUCAGCUUCCUGAAGAACUACCAGUGUGUGAUUCUGACUGAAGCCCGACUGCAGCUGCAGAAGAAGGUCGAUGACUUCUGCCACUCACAGCAGCCGCCGAUCAAAUUCAUUGGCUGUGACGCAUACGGGAUCUGUGCUCGGGUCUUCUGUGACUUUGGGGACUCGUUCGAGGUGUCGGACCCGACCGGAGAAGAGCCCAAGGAGGUCUUUGUGCAGAGCAUCACGCAGGAUAACCCAGGGGUGGUGACCUGCAUGGACAGCCGGACCCACGGCCUUCAGACGGGUCAGAGCGUCGUGUUCCGCGAGGUCCAUGGCAUGACCGAGCUGAACGGCACCGCCCGGCAGAUCACAGUGCUGUCCCCUUACAGCUUUUCCAUUGGAGACACGUCCUCACUGCAGCCCUACGCUCACGGCGGGAUCUUCCUCCUGGUGAAGACGCCCAAAACCUUCAGCUUUAGAAGGAUGGGCGAGCAGCUUUUGGAGCCUCAGGUUCUCACCCCCGAUUUCAGCAAACCAGAGGCUCCGCUGCAGAUCCACGCUGCCCUGCUGGCUCUCGACUCAUUCCAGGAGCAGCACCACAGACUGCCCAACGUUGGGUGUCUCCAGGAUGCAGAGGUGUUGGUGAAACUGACGGAGGAGGUUACGGAGACGCUGAAGGACCGGGUGCCCAUGAACCCGGAGCUGGUGCGCUGUGUGUCCCGUACGGCACGGGGCCUGCUGCCCCCCCUCGCCGCCGCCGUCGGGGGCAUGGCCAGCCAGGAGGCGCUGAAGGCUCUGACGGGGAAGUUCGCCCCCCUGCAGCAGUGGUUCUACCUGGACGCCAUCGAGGUGGUGCGGCCUCUGCAGUCCCUCCCCACUGAGGAGUUCGUCCCAAAGGGGGAUCGGUAUGAUGCUCUGAGGGCCUGCAUCGGGGAGUCCAUGUGUCAGAAACUGCACCAGCUCCGGGUGUUCAUGGUGGGAUGUGGAGCCAUCGGCUGCGAGAUGCUGAAGAACUUCGCCCUGCUGGGAGUGGGUCUGGCGGAGAGUUCCGGAGAGAUCUGCAUCACAGAUCCAGAUCUGAUUGAGAAGUCAAACUUGAACCGGCAGUUUCUCUUCAGACCUCAUCACAUACAGAAACCCAAAAGCACCACCGCUGCCGCCGCCACCCUGGAGAUCAACCCUCACCUGCAGAUCGACGCCCAGCUGAACAAGGUGUCCCCCGCCACCGAGGCCGUCUACAGCGACCAGUUCUACUCCAGACUGCACCUGGUCGUCACGGCACUGGACAGCGUGGAGGCCCGGCGAUACGUGGACAGCCGCAGCGUGUCGAACCAGAAGCCCCUCCUGGACUCGGGGACGAUGGGGACGAAAGGACACACGGAGAUCAUCGUGCCGAACCUGACCGAGUCCUACAACAGCCAUAGGGACCCUCCAGAUGAGGAGAUUCCGUUCUGCACUUUGAAGUCAUUUCCUGCUGUCAUAGAGCACACUAUACAGUGGGCGAGAGAUAAGUUUGAGAGUGCGUUCACCCACAAGCCCUCCAUCUACAACAUAUUCUGGCAGUCGUACUCCUCUGCUGAGGAGGUGCUGCAGAGGAUGAAGGCGAGGGAUAGUCUGGAGGGGUCAUUCCAGGUCAUCAAGCUGCUGAGCAGGAGGCCCACUCGGUGGGAGCAGUGCGUCGCCCUGGCGCGCCUCAAAUUCGACAAGUACUUCAAGAGAAAGGCACUGCAGCUCUUGCACUCGUUUCCCAUCGGCACCCGGCUGAAAGACGGCAGUUUGUUCUGGCAGUCUCCGAAGCGACCUCCGUCUCCAAUAGAAUUCGACGUGAAGGAUCAUUUGCACUUCACCUUUAUCAUCAGUGCUGCCAGACUAUUCGCUCUUAUUUACAACAUCCCCUUCCCUGAGAAGGACCUGUCACAGGAGGCAGUGGCCAAAAUCAUCUCUGACAUUAAGAUCCCAGAAUACACGCCUGCAGAGAAGCGCAUCGAGACGGACGAGAACGCCAAGAAGCCCGACCACAUGAAGCUGAACGUGAGCAGCGAGGAGGAGAGGGAGGCCAUCAGCCAACUGGAGGAGGCCAUCGCUGCUGACUGCGUCACCCCCGAGCGCCUGUGCAUGUCCCCGGUCCUGUUUGAGAAGGACGAUGACUCAAACGGUCACAUGGACUUCGUGGCGUCCGCGUCGUCGCUGCGUGCCCGCAUGUACGGGAUCAAAGCGGCCGACCGACUCAAGACCAAGCGCAUCGCGGGAAAGAUCAUCCCCGCCAUCGCCACGGCAACGGCCGCCGUCGCCGGGCUGGUGGCACUGGAGGCUAUCAAAGUAGUGGGGGGCUAUGACUUUGAGUCCUUUAAGAACUGCUUCUUCAACCUGGCCAUCCCGGUAGUGGUGCUCACCGAAACGGCCCAAGUCAAGAGGACCCAGAUCAGAGAAAACAUCUCGUUCUCCAUCUGGGACCGCUGGACUAUCCACGGUCACGAGGACUUCACGCUGUCUGACUUCAUGAACGCAGUCCGGGAGAAGUACGGCAUUGAGCCCACCAUGGUGGUGCACGGCGUGAAGAUGCUGUACGUGCCGGUCAUGCCUGGACACAGCAAGAGGCUCAAACUCACAAUGCAGAAGCUGAUCAAGCCCUCGUCGGAGAGGCGGUACGUGGACCUGACGGUGUCCUUUGCUGCAGAGUCUGACGGGGACGAGGACCUCCCCGGCCCCCCAGUCAGGUACUACUUCAGCCAGGAGGAGCCGGCCGAGAGGGCCUGACCAGCGGGGGCCCCGGCCCGCAGACCCCGCCUCUCCCCCGCCCUGCCCUAUGGACCACUAGAAGAGUAGCACUUGACGUGACUGUGUACAUAGUUUUUCUACCGGUUUAUUUUACUGCAUAGCUUCGUCUGUGCUGACGCUGAUGCCUUAAACGAUGUUGUGUUUCAUGUGAUGCUGAUAAAAAACGUAUGGAUGAUGCAGACGGUGGAAAUAAAAUCAGUGUUGACACCUUC